GACAUUCAUGUGAGGUUUUGUUUCUCUGUUUCAAUCCAUAGUUGACGAAAUAAUCAAAAUAAUAGUUGAAAUUGUGAUUUGGUUGUUAAUUUAUCGGCAAACAUUUAAAAUGAUAUUCACAAGAAAUUUAAAUAAAUUAUUGUUAUGCAAUAAAUCAAAUGUUUUAACAUCUAGUCGCAAUAUUUUAUGGUAUAAUCCAGCGCCGACCAAUAUUGCCGGCUCAAAUAUUCAAGUGAGCGCCUUGCGACAAUUUGCAAUUCCACAAUUGGCGAUCGAACGAAAUGGCCUAAGAUUUAUGUCCACCAUAAAAUCCAAUGAGAACAUUGAUAGCCAAAAGCCAAAACAUUUCACAGACGACAGCAAUCCUGAUGCGGUGUCUAUUUAUCAAGGCAAAUAUACACGACAAAUAAUUCGCGUCAAAAUGUUCUCGCUAGCAACCAGCGUAAUGGGAUUAUUUGCUCAGCCCGUAUUAUGGCACCGAGGUGUGGAAGCCAGUGGCACUGGACUUGGUCUUCUUCUCUGUUCGGUUGUUGGUAUCUUUACAUUUGUAACACCGUUACUGUUGCAUUUUGUCACCAAAAAAUAUGUGGUUGAUGUAAAAUACAAUGUGAAAACAGACGAAUAUACUUGUGUCACCGUUUCAUUUUUCUUAUUCAGAAAUGAGAUAACAUUUAAAGUGGAAGAUAUUCAUUUGCCAGAGGUCGAAACGAUGUUUACAUCGAUGAAAAUUGGACCAAAGAAAGUUCCAGUAUUUGUUGAUGCGGCAAGUUUUAACGAUACACAUCAUUAUGCUCGUUUUAUGGGAUAUGAUAAACCAUUAGACAUUAGAAUGAAUACGAAUGAAACCGAAGCAGACCCCAAUGUGUCAUCCGAUCAAACAAAGACACCCAAUAAAUGAAAAAUCUACAUAAAUUAGUUUGUAGUUUGCAGUUGCAAUAAAUGAUUAUAUCUAAUCGAAUAAAUGGCUUUUUACACCGAUACCGGUGAAUGCAAAA